UGUGGACACUGACUGUCAAUGUACUUGUUAUUGGUACUUUUACAAGUCAUGUUAGCUCCAGUGUACAGAGAACAAGACAAUUUGAGUUCAUCAAAUAUAGAAGACCUAACUUUGCAGCAGGCAGUGUGUUGGGGGUUCACUUUGGUGACCAAGACAGACAAGCAGUCUGUACUCAUGAAGGUUUAUGUCUAGAGUGGAAGACAGAAAAUGAAAACUAUUUAUAAUAACAUGCACUGAGCCUAAGACAGGGAAAGUGAGGCUUUGGGAACUGUAAUAUAAGGACCUGACCUUCUUUAGAGGGAAAAGGGUCUUGAAAGGAAAAAACUUUGGGACAUGAAACUUGUGGUUCGAAUGAUUGUAUGGUUUAUAUCACACACCUGGCACAUGGAGGUACAGAAACAUUCUGUGCACACACUGGUAUUCAGGUCAUUGAAGAGGACCCAUGACAUGUUUGUAGCUGAUAAUGGAAAACCUGUGCCUUUGGAUGAAGAGAGCCACAAAAGAAAAAUGGCAGUAAAGCUGCGUAAUGAGUAUGGCCCUGUGUUGCAUAUGCCUACUUCGAAAGAAAAUUUUAAAGAGAAGUGUCCUCAAAAUGCAUCAGAUUCAUAUGGUCAUAAACAAUAUCCUGCCAAUCAAGGACAAGAAGUUGAGUAUUUGGUAACGGGUACACAUCCAUAUCCACCAGGACCUGGGGUUGCUUUGACAGCAGAUACUAAGAUCCAAAGAAUGCCAAGUGAAUCCGCUGCACAGUCCUUAGCUGUGGCAUUACCUUCUUCUCAGACUAGGGUUGAUACAAAUCGUGGUGCACCUGCUGGAGGUGAAUAUCGCCAUCCUGGGGCUUCUGACCGUUCACAGCCUGCAGGGAUGACUUCAGUUGCUGUUGAGGGUGGAAAUGCCAAGAACUCUGCGCUUGUGGCUAAAAAGGCCCCUACAAUGCCGAAACCCCAGUGGCACCCCCCGUGGAAACUCUACAGGGUGAUCAGUGGGCAUCUUGGCUGGGUUCGAUGUAUUGCUGUGGAACCUGGAAAUCAGUGGUUUGUCACUGGGUCUGCUGACAGAACUAUAAAGAUCUGGGACUUGGCUAGUGGCAAGUUAAAACUGUCAUUAACUGGGCACAUCAGUACAGUGCGUGGUGUGAUUGUGAGCACGAGGAGCCCGUACCUCUUCUCCUGUGGAGAAGACAAGCAAGUCAAGUGCUGGGAUCUUGAAUAUAAUAAGGUUAUAAGGCACUAUCAUGGACAUCUAAGCGCGGUGUAUGGUUUGGAUUUGCAUCCAACAAUUGAUGUGUUGGUAACCUGUAGUCGAGAUUCAACUGCACGGAUUUGGGAUGUGAGAACUAAAGCCAGUGUACACACAUUAUCUGGACAUACAAAUGCAGUUGCUACAGUGAGGUGUCAGGCUGCAGAACCACAAAUUAUUACUGGAAGCCAUGACACUACAAUACGAUUAUGGGAUUUGGUGGCUGGAAAAACAAGGGUCACCUUGACAAAUCACAAAAAAUCCGUCAGGGCUGUGGUUUUACAUCCAAGACAUUAUACAUUUGCAUCUGGUUCUCCAGAUAACAUAAAACAGUGGAAAUUCCCUGAUGGAAGUUUCAUUCAAAAUCUUUCUGGUCAUAAUGCUAUUAUUAACACAUUGACAGUAAAUUCUGAUGGAGUGCUUGUAUCUGGAGCUGACAAUGGCACUAUGCAUCUUUGGGACUGGAGAACUGGCUACAAUUUCCAGAGAGUUCAUGCAGCUGUGCAGCCUGGGUCUUUGGACAGCGAAUCAGGAAUAUUUGCUUGUGCUUUUGAUCAGUCCGAAAGCCGGCUGCUAACAGCUGAAGCUGAUAAAACCAUUAAAGUGUACAGAGAGGACGAUACAGCAACAGAAGAAACGCAUCCAGUCAGCUGGAAGCCAGAAAUCAUCAAGAGAAAGAGAUUUUAAUGUGGCAUCAUUUUCAUGUUGGUUCUCUUUUUUUUUUUUUUUUUUUUNAUCCAGU